GACAGAGACCCAGUGAGUGAGGGGGAGGGGGAGGGGCCGCUCUGCUCACUCUGUGCCGCUGUCACAGAGAGGCCCUGUGGAGAGAAGCCCUGGAGCAGAGCAUUGCUAUUGCAUUCACAUUGGAGAUGUGAACUUGUUCAGGAUGUAUUUUUCUCUGCCUGCGAAUUUGGUGAUAAAAAGGAUGUGGAUUAAACCUAGCAUCAUCUGGUUUCUGCUCAUGUUGGCUCAGUGUUGCUUUGUACAAGCUGCAGAACAUGUAGGUGUGGCGAAACAUGCAAUCAAACUGCACAGAGGUAAAGGGGCAGCAAUCAUCAAGGGAAGGCUAUGGGUCAUGGACAAUUGUAAGAAGUUAUCUGCCCUGAUACUCCAUAAAAAUGUCGUACUCAACAAAUUAAAAAAGGCUGUAAAAGCAGCAGAAAUUGACUCCAGUCUAUCAUUCGAAGAAAAGAUCUUCCAGAUACACACCUUUGAGAUUUUCCAGAAAGAGUUGAAUGAAAGUGAAAAAUCAGUCUUUCAAGCUAUCCAUGGGCUUCAAAGAGCUCUUCAGGGUGAUUACAAAGAUGUAGUGAACAUGAAAGAAAGUAGCAAACAACGCCUGGAAGCCUUAAGAGAAGCUGCUAUUAAGGAAGAAAAGGAAUAUGUAGAACUACUGGCUGCAGAGAAACACCAAAUUGCAGCUCUAAAAAGUAUACAAGAUCGGAACAAAAGCCUAUCAAUUCUAGAUGAAAUUCUAGAGGAUGUACGGAAGGCUGCUGACCGCUUAGAGUUGGAGAUUGAAGAUCAUGUAUUUGAUGAUAAUAAAUUGGCUAAAGGUGUCAAUGUGGAAGCUGUCAUUAGAGUGGAAGAUGACAAUGAAAACCAUGAGAGAAACCUUUCUCAGCAGGAAGUACAGGAUGGGUUGGGGCUGAGCAUGCUCAUUGACUCUCAGAACAAUCAGUACAUACUUACAAAACCAAGGGACUCCACAAUCCCGAGAGCUGAUCAUCAUUUUAUAAAGGACAUAGUUUCUGUUGUGACACUAUCUUUACCUUGUGGUUGGCUUUGUACAUUGAUGGGGUUUCCUACAAUGUUUGGUUACAUUAUUUCUGGAGUUUUAUUGGGCCCUUCGGGAUUCAACAGUAUCAAGUCUAUUGUGCAAAUAGAGACUCUUGGUGAGUUUGGCGUGUUUUUCACCUUGUUUGUGGUUGGUUUGGAGUUCUCUCCUGAAAGACUCAGAAAGGUAUGGAAGAUUUCUUUGCAAGGUACCUGUUAUAUGACACUACUGAUGGUUGCAUUUGGAUUAUUCUGGGGGCAUCUGUUAAAUAUCAGACCAAUACAAAGUGUCUUCAUUUCUACAUGUUUGUCCCUAUCAAGUACCCCUCUGGUAUCUAAGUUUCUUGCUGUUGGUACUAGAGCAGAUAAAGAAGGAGAUGCUGACUAUGGCAGCACACUGCUUGGAAUGCUGAUCAUGCAGGAUGUUCAGCUGAGCUUAUUCAUUGCUGUGAUGCCCACAGUGAAUCAAGCAGCGACCAGCAGUACUGACAGCAUCUUUUUACAAAUGUUGAGGAUUUUCAUCUUAAUUGGUCAAAUUCUGUUCUCGUUGGCUGCUGUUCUCCUGAUAUGCCUUGUCUUAAAGACUUACCUUAUUGGACCAUAUUGCAGAAAAUUGCACACAGAGGGUAAAGGAAAUAAAGAGAUUAUUGUCCUAGGAAUUUCAGCAUUUAUCUUUCUUAUGUUAAUGAUUACUGAGACGUUGGAUGUCUCCAUGGAGCUUGGCUGUUUUUUGGCAGGAGCAUUAAUUUCAUCACAAGGACACAUUGUUACAGAAGAAAUCAUGUUGUGUAUUGAAUCGGUACAAGAUUUUCUUGUGAUCAUAUUCUUUGCAUCUAUUGGUCUUCAUGUCUUUCCAACAUUUGUGCUUUAUGAACUGACUGUUCUAAUGUCUCUCACGCUAGCAGUGGUGCUGUUGAAGUUCGUUUUAGCAGUACUUGUGCUCUCACUGAUCCUGCCUAAAAACAGUCAAUACAUCAAAUGGAUAGUUUCAGCUGGUUUGGCACAAGUCAGUGAGUUCUCCUUUGUUCUGAGCAGUCGGGCUCGCAGGUCGAGGAUCAUUUCUCGAGAGGUCUACCUUCUCAUCUUGAGUGUCACUACUUUAAGCCUUUUACUCGCCCCAGCACUUUGGAGAGCAGCGAUUAUGAAAUGCUUACCUAAAGCAGAAAAGCGAUUAAUAACGUGACCGAGAAAUCCACUGCUUUUUCAAGCAUCGUCCUGGGUUUGGUUUUAUCUUCAAAUGUCUUGGAUGCUAUUUUUCUUUGCCUUCUGCAGCUUGUUUAAAGAAGUUCUGUUUCUCUGUGCAAUUGAGUCAGAUGUACUACAACGCCAAUUUUAUCUCCUUAAAAUUAAAAUGCGGUCACCUUUAUCUGUUUCAUUGCCUUUAACCGUCUAACUGUAAACUCCUGGAUUGGAAAAGGAAAUGGUUGUUUUUGUUUUAUGCUAUUCCUACAUCCUGUCAUCUCUUUUUGUUAUUCCUGAUGAAAGUGUGAAAUAAGUUUACUCUGAAUUAGCAGUCAAGCAGUUAAAUGAGAUUUAUACUUGAUAACAAUGGAUAUGGUUUUUUGGGUGUCAGUAAUGGAUUGUUUAAAAGACGCUUAAAAGAAUCAGCUAUACUGUACAUAUUAAAUCAAGAAUUGAACCAAUUUUCUUUACUAGUUUCCAAUAAAGUGCGUGAAAGCAUUGGUUAAGAUCAGGAGGUUUGGAGAGAGGGAUGUAGAUUGAAUUUGAAGCCAGAGUUUUCAGAUGGUCUGGUCUCAUCUCCAUCACUAAUGGAUUGAACCAGUCAUUACACACAAAAAGAGGUUGGCAACAGCAAAAUUUUGUCCUAUUGCAGAUGCCAUCACUUCUUUAGAUGUGGACUGAGAUAAACCGAAGAUUAGGGUAAAUCUGAUUGCCAUAUAUUUCAGGUUAGGAAAUUGCAGAAGCAGUUUCGCUGAUUUCAAGCCGUAUGUAUGGACCUAUAGACCAAAGUGAAUUGCACUGCUACAAUCAUUUCCUUGAGCUAAGAGAAUUUGGCUGUUAGAUCGCAAUCUGGAUUCCUUGAAUCUCCUUCAAUUGCACUACACCCACUUAUCAAAUAUAGUUUCAGGAUGACCAAGAGAAUCACUCAAUAGAUGACUCUUAAUUUCCAUGUACAUUUGCACAUUAGUGCAUUCCUCUGUUUGAUAUUUUAAUUGAACAUUUUAUGGCCAUGUGAAUCUUGUUUGAACAUCUGUUAUAGGCCAAAGCAUAUGGGAUAUGGGACCAAUAGAUGAUCACUAGUUAAACAGACCCAGGAACUGGACACAGGCUUCUUACAGUUUUGUCUUCUUAUAGGCCAUUAAUUAUAAGUGACAAUCAUUCAUUUUAGCUAAAAAUUGCAAUCUACAGUUGAACCAAGGUAUAAAGGGACCAUUAAAUCAAUUUCAGUUGCAUACAAAUCACUUCAUGUCCCAGCAUCUUCCUUCCCCUCCAACCUGCUUACACUCCACUACAUGCUCCCUUUGCUCAGCGGGCUCUGGCUUUCUCCAUUUACUCUCUGCUCCACCGUUGGUGACCGUGCCUUUAGCUGGAACUCCCAGCCUCUGUCCCUCUGCAUUCUCCCUCCUUGUCCGUCUUCAGAUUGCACCUGAAGAUCUUCCUUUUCGACCAUGCCUAAGGUCGCCUCCCCCUAGCUUGGUGUCAAGUUAAGCCACUGUUAAGUGCCCCAAGUGAAGGGUGGUAUAUAGUUGUUAAAUCCCAACCUGGCUAGUCAGUGCUUCCACAUUCACCAUGCUGGCCAGCUCCCAUGCUGAAAAAUACAAACUUCAUCAAACGCCAUCAGGUUGUUGUGUACAUAGUUUCCUCUGUGCUACACAGUGCAGGGAGUCUCGGCAGCUGAACCUGUACAGGUUCAGUGAAAGGGAUACACACUCCAUUUAUACAGUUCCACAAAGUGUGUUUGGCCUUCCACAGAAAUUUUUGUUGUUGUACAUCACUCAGAAUAACAGUUCUGUGUGGUUAGACCUGGGCUAACUAUACCUUAUUUAGUAGUAAUUGAUUUUGCAGACUAGAUAAUAAAGAUGUACCACUACCAUCCAUAUUAAUGUUAUUGCUCAACUUCAGCUCAUAAAUGCAACAGAAAAUGUUUUUUUUAAAAAAACCUUCCUCUAACCAUAUCCUGUUAAAGAUUAUUGGCUAUGCUUUCUAAACCUAGAUUCUACUGCAAUUGUUUGUAAUAGUAUUUUAUUGUAGCUUUUGCUACCUGAUCACAUCACUGAUGUUUUUCUCAUUCAAUAUGCAAUGACUAUUGUUGCAAUGAAAUACAUGCAUUGUAAAUCUUUUUUUAAAUAAAGG